AUAGAGAGAGAGAGAGAGAGAGAGAGAGAGUCUGAUAAAGGAGGGAGGAAUUGCUGAAGAAUCAGACCAACUACGAUAAAAACCCCUCAGAGCCACACUGAGGCUUUGAUUAUGACGUAGGCAAGAUUCUCGAGCGUUCAGCGCAUCCGUCGCGCGCCUCAGCAAGUUGGUGAAGAGACUCGCCGGCGCGCGUGAAGCUCGGAGCGGCUGCACUCAAGCCUCCUCACCCUAUAAAGUGCGUCGGUGACGAAAGCAAAUUCAGCACUUAGUCCACGAGACAGCUCCAGUGCGACGACUCCCCAAACUGGACUUUCAGUACUUUCAGAACUCUCUUGCGCGCAUGAACAGUAGAAGUCUCCUCAUAUUUCUUGUGUUCAUCUAACUGUGAUCUGGGACCUUUUUUAUUCUCCACUAAAUAUGUACCAGGGGCAUUUGCAGCUGGUGAGCGAGCAACAAGAGAGUCGUCCCUUGCUGAGCCCUUCCAUCGAUGAUUUCCUCUGCGAGACCAAGUGUGAUGGUGCUGCCCGACCAGUAACCUCAAACACAGCAGUACUGUCCUCCUCUCUGGACCUGCUGGAUCUGAGUGAGCCUGGUGAGAGAAGACACAGCAAAGACAGAAAGAGCCCUCUUUCUUCUAAAAGCACACCGUAUAGGAAGAAGCCAGAUGAAACAGAGCUGAUCCAAGUGGACAUUGAACAGAGCAUUCCCUGUUCCCGCACACCUGAAAAAAUCUCAUUGGACUCAGCAGCAGUUCCAUCUUCAUUGGACAAAUGGGAAGAGCUCAACCCACACCCAGAGCGAACUGGUAGCAGAAAGUGGAAACUUGAGAGAAGACGUUCAUCAAAGAAUUCUGGUGAAUUUGUGUGGUCUAUGGAUUGCAAGCCACAGCUAGACACUAGCCACAGGAACUCCCUGGAGGUAAACAAUAAAGUAGAGGCAGAAGCCGGGCCAGUAACCCAACUCAACAGGCAAUAUGUUAGUGGAAGACAUGGCCGAUUGAGCAAAGAGCAGAGGUGGGGCAGCACACUGCUGUCCAGAAACCAGUCUCUGGAGGAGGAGUUUGAGAGAGCGAAGGCAGCAGUGGAGUCAGACACAGAGUUUUGGGAUAAGAUGCAGGCAGAAUGGGAAGAACUUGCUCGCAGAAACUGGCUUACAGAAAAUGAGCAGCCACAGAUUCCCUCCAAUGUGUCUCCUUACGAAAAGGGCUAUUACUUCCACACAGAUAACCCUUUCAAAGACUGGCCAAAUGCUUUUGAGGAGGGAUUGCGCAAGUCGAGAGAAGGAGAGCUGCCGAACGCUGUGCUUCUUCUGGAAGCUGCCGUUCUGCAGGACCCUCAGGAUUCAGAGGCUUGGCUGGUGCUGGGAACCACACAAGCAGAGAAUGAGAAUGAGCAGGCAGCAAUUGUCUCCCUCCAGAGGUGUCUGGAGCUCCACCCCAACAACCUCCAGGCCCUUAUGGCUCUGGCAGUGAGCCUGACCAACACGGGCAUGAGGCAGGAAGCGUGUGAGGCGCUGCUGGGCUGGAUAAGACACAACCCCAAAUAUAAGCAUCUUCUGAAGAGCCGCACGCACCUGCAGGGCUCACCUGGAUCACGGAGACCCUCCUAUCCCUGCCCAGUCAGCUGCCCCCUACUGCCAGAGGUGAAGGAUCUUUACCUGGAAUCGGCCCAGCAGAACGUGGACACCAUUGACCCAGACCUACAGACUGGGUUGGGAGUGCUGUAUAACCUCAGCUCUGAGUUCAACAAAGCAGUUGAUGCUUUCAAUGCAGCGCUGUCAGUGCGGCCGGAGGACUACCUGCUGUGGAAUCGGCUGGGGGCGACGCUGGCUAAUGGAGAUCGCAGUGAGGAAGCAGUGGAGGCCUAUACCAAAGCCCUGGAGCUCCAGCCUGGCUUCAUCCGCUCACGUUACAACCUCGGCAUCAGCUGCAUUAACAUGGGCGCUCACAGGGAGGCAGCCAGUAAUUUCCUGACGGCCCUUGGUCUGCAGAGGAAGAGCAGGAGUCGUCAGCUUUCCCACCAGGUGAUGUCUGGAAACAUCUGGGCAGCGCUGCGGAUCGCUCUCUCCAUGCUGGACCAGCCGGAGCUCUUUCAAGCUGCUAACAUCGGAGACCUGGAUUUACUAAUGAAAGCUUUCAACCUGGACAUAGCACCUUUACAUUCCUGAGAACUGAGUGCUGGAUGGUACUAUUUUAAUAGAUUUGCACAUCAGUUUAAGAUUAAGAGCACAACGCCGGGUGAAGAUUGUACAAGUAUGCCUUAGAGAAAAUAUCAGCUAGUCCUGCUACAGAAGAAAAUCUGUUUUGACUUGUAAUUCUACGACUGAUGAGACGAACGCGGACUAUAAAUGCGCAAGAACAAAACUCCAGAUCAGUGACUUGAUUAGACGUACUGUAUUACGUAGACUUCAUGCAUUGGUUGAAUUGCACUCUUUAUUUGAGAUGGCGAGGUUGUUUUAUUAAUUUGUUUAUUUUUGGAUUUUGGUGGCACUUGGUUGAACCCUGGACACUCCUCGCCUGAUCUCUGCUGCAUCUCCCCCUUUAUUUCCUGGAGCUUGCAGACCAGAUUUUAAAAAGCCUUACUUAUUGUGCAUGUAAAAUAAGUUACUGAGAUGAUACCAGAUAAAAGCCAUUCCUUGCCAUACUUUGACCUCUUGAUAAAACUGAAACCGAAGUCUGCGUUUCAUCAAGGUCUUUUUUUUUUUUGUUUGUUUGUAAAACAUACCACAUCUUUGAAGUGUAGUAGGCCUACUGAUUAUUUUUCAGAAUUCAAAGCAGGGAAUUCACAUAUACUGCCCCGCAAUAUCAAUCUAGAUUUGACAGGAAAACAAGUGUCUUUUGUAUUUUUGAAAAAAAAUGCUGCCCAAAAUCUAAGCCAAAUAUGUGUGAUUAUGACCCCGGGUUUCACAAACAAGGUUUAAGGCUAGUCAAGAUUCAGUUGCAUGUUUGACCUGUCUCAACUCAAAAUAACUUGCAGUGAGAUGUCUUAAAAUACAUCAGUGUCAGUUUUUUUCUCCAAGUGCACACCAUUUAUAUAUUUUUCUAAGGCCAUUUUAUUAAAUUUGGCUUAAAUAGCCUAAUUUAACCAAGGCCUAGUCCUGGCUUAAUCCAAGCCCUGUUUGUGAAACUGGGCCUAAGAGUUUUAUACCCUGAUGCUGCCAUUGUUGCUCAUUUAUGCUGCCUUCAUGUGCUAUCAAAUUUAGUAUAAAUAUGACAGAAUUGUACAUGAAAAGCCUCUAAAGCUGCAUUCAUAUGGAAGCUUGCUUUCGCCACAAAUUUCAGACUUUAUUCCUACUUACGCAAUCUUGACAUUCUGUGCAAACUGUAUAAAUUAGGAGUAAGAUAAACCACAUGAACUUCACAUGUUAAAAUGAGAAACAUUAAAUGUGGUUUCUAAUAUUUUUUUCUUGGGGAACCUUUUGUGAUUCCAUAUAAACACAUGAAUCAUAUUGACCUGGCAUAUAUGGCAAGCUGUUAUAACAUUUAACCCUUAAAAAAGGUGUGUUUUCAUGGUAAUAAUUCUUAUUUUUUUAGCUACUGUUUAUUUAAUUAAGUACCAAUAUUAAUUCACUAGCUAGUGCUUAUCUUUAGGUACUAGUUUUUAUGUGUUACAUACUAAUACUUAAAAUAUUAGUGUCUACUACAUACUAUAUUAUACUACACACCUUACAAAUGACUAAUAUUAUCUAGUAUAAAAAGUAUUUGAAUUAAAUGUAACAUUUAAUUAUUAAGUAGAAAUAUCAAAUGAAUACUUAUUACAAAAUAUCUUUGAAUAUUAGUCAGUAUUAGAUUAUAUCCAGAGCAGAAUAGUUCAUAACCUAACACUAUCUAAUGAAUAAGCAGUACCUAUGCAUUAAGUCAUAUUUUUAUAAAAAAGAAUGAUAUAAUUGAAAGAAUUUAACGUUAUAUCAUCUUGCCAUAAGGCAUCUUCCAUGAUUCCUAAUUUUAUAUGACAACAUGACUUCAAUUUCAAUUUCAUUUACACUUUAUUUUAAAGAAACGCUCCACUUUUAAGGGUGAAAAAUAGGCUCAUUUUACAAAUUUAACCGAGUUAAACCAUCUAUUUGGCCUAUGUUCAGAUCUGGCAGGAGCACUUUUAGCUUAGCAUAUAAGCAACGCAAGUUUAUUUAUACAGGGUCUGUGCAGGAUCCUAAAGGUAAUUUCAAAACCUUUUUAAGACCUUUUAAAGACAUUCUCAGAAUAUUUUAAGACCUCAUCGUCACUUCAAGUUCCAAUCAGUAUCACACCUUAACUUAAUAAACAGUUGUUAAUAAACAGUUGUAGUUAAAUAAAUCAAAGGAGCACAACCAUGCAACAGAGAAAGAUAAGCUUGGAAGAAACAAAGCUUGAAAGAAUAAAUCACACGGUUGUUUUAAGCAACAGGCUUCAGCCACUGUUUAAACUCGUCUUUCUCCAACCACUUACGCAAACACAAACUUACAUUUUCUCAUUUUGCCAUCUUUUUAACUGGCUUCACAUCACCUCCCCACAUUUGUCGCAAAAUUACGUGACAUCACCCGAAAAGAGGAGCUUGGCUGCACGUGGCCCGGCCCGAUCCAAUCGCAUGGAUCGAGCACAUUGUUUUUAAUAUUAGGAGGAAAAUCAAUAUAUUUAUGCUUUUUUGGAGUCAAACACUUUGUACAACGCUUGAACAAAAUUUAAGACCUCUUAAAAACGCGAUUAACAAUUUUUAUACCUUUUAAGGGCCUUCAUUUUCUCAUAAUUGAUUUAUGAACUUUUAAUACUUUUUAAGACCCUGUCAAAGGACAUUUCAUACAUGAUGGUAAUUCAAAGUGCUUUAAAUAAACAAGAUUAAAUGAUAUAAAAUACAACAUCUAUAAGAUAUAAAAAUAACAAAGGAUAAAAAUUAUUCAUUCAUUCAUUCGUUUUCCUUUGCCUUAGUCCUAUAUUUUUUAGGGAUCACCACAACAAAAUAAACUGCCAACUAUUUCAGCAUAUGUUUUUUUGCAGCAGAUCAUAGAUAGAAAUGAUUAAAAACAGGUUUAAAAAAAAAAGAAAGCUUUCUGUGCCGUAAAUCACUCAAUCAGUUUAGAGUUUAUCUAAAUCAGAUUAGAAAAUAACAAUUCUUUGAUUAAAAAUUCAUUUUUUUAAUUAUUUCAAAUCCAGGGAGCAUGGUAUAAUUGCCUUAAUAUCAUUGCGCCUACUGCAGCCAUAGUAUGACAUCAAAGUUCCUUGAUUAUUAUGCUGAAAUGAAAGUAUUGUUAGCCAUGUAUUAAUCAUUUUCCAUCAGUCUUAGUACACGAUGUAAUUACAGAAGAGUCACGUUUUAUAAAUUAUUUUUAAAAAAAAGAGUUUGUUUGAAGCGAGAUGCUAAUGGUCUAAUCCGAUUCAAUGAUUUAUGCUAAGCUAUGCUAAACGUGCUCCUGCCAAACCUGGAGAUUCGGCUGAAAGGAUUCAAAAAAAGUAAAACUCAACCGUUUAACUCUUAUUUGAAAAUAAAAAGGUGGAGUGUUACUUUAAGAUGUCCUUGUUUCAGUGUAACUACUACAGAGUAAUAUUGAUUACAUGUACUUACUGUGGUUAGAAUCAGGAUGAGAGUUAGUUCUAUGGUUAGUUGCAUGCAAUUAUGCAUUUAUGAAUUAUGUAAUUAUGAAUUGUAAUUAACAUAGUAAGUGCAUAGAACACGUAACAAGGGCAACUUUAAAAUAAAGUGUUCCUGAAAUGUCCCAUAGCAAGUGAAGGCAGCGUUACUAUAGUUGAUCUCUAGCUUGCAUGACUUUUCAUUUUGCUCAUUAGCGUGAACAUGCAAGUGCUUAAUGUUGCUUGUGCGCCUCACAAAAAGUCAGUACAUAGGCUAAUGAUUUUAAAAUGCUAUGCAAAACCUAUUUUUCCCCUUCAUGCAGCUGGAAGUAGAAGAAAAGUCUGAAGCACCAGAAAAGCUUACCUGCAUUGUGACUUUUUGGUGUAAACUUGUGGGUAGAGGGUAGAAAAUCUGCACUUUCAGAUCAAGUCUGUUUAACUUUACGUAUUAAGUAUCUUACUUCGAAAGUCUUUGUGAUUCAGCCCAGCUUUCAUUUGUAGCGUCAUUAUUCCCUCACUAACUGCAAGAGUUGAUCUCCAAUAUUUAUGAAAAGAGCAUGCAAAGCAGUUCAAGCAUCCAUUUUCAAGUGUUAUUAAUUUAUGAAUUGUUGUUCCAUUUAUUUAUUAUGUAUUUCUUACUUCUUCUGUAUCUGAAACUCUUUGAAAAGUCCUGUAUAUGCUAUCAAUACAGUUAGAACAGGCUUGUGCUUUGUAGCUGAAUGUUACAGUAGACACUGUAGAUUCUCUCAUGCCUGAGGCCAAACCUCCCUUUUCUAGAACUUUGUACAAUCUCAGGUGUGAUUGUCUAGAUGAAUUUAUGCUCCAGAAAAACUCCUGAUGUAUGACCGCAUGCCGAAUAUACUUAUUUUUUUGAAUGCUGUAGAGGUAUUUAUAUGCAUGAACUUGACAUGCCUAUUUUAAUCUAUACCCUUCAUUUCUAUGACUUAUAUAGCACUGUAACCACAAUAUUUUGCAUUUCAAAAUAUAUAUAUAUUGAUCUGAAGAAUAUACGGCAUUACCGUAAAAUAUUCCGAAAUUAAAAGCGGUUUUUGCAAUGCAGUGGGUACAAAUCUUAACAAGACGUUCUUUGUAGUCAUAUAUCAAUAUUGCAACAGCCAGAUUUACUAAAGUCUUUAGAAUUAGAGACUGGAAAAUACAUCAGCAUUCAGAGCUGCGUUUCUGAAUUUCUUCUUCUGAAACAUUCUGAAUGUUUGCCAAAGGCUUUAAUAACUCUGGCACUGUAUUUAAAGGGUAGAUGCAUAUACAAAAGUUAUCUUUUAAAAUAAAAGAUUGUUAUAAGACUU